UAGGAUCUGCUUUCGUCUCCGUAGUCUUAGUGGCUGUCUUGUCGAUGGUUGACAGUGAGGAGAACAAUAUUGCUGCGCCCAUAGCGUCCGGUUCCCCUAUUUUGCUUGAAAAAUGCCCACCGUACGACGAUCCCAAUCACCUUGUGAUGUUGCCGUAUCCCAACGACUGUCGCAAAUACUACACAUGCCAAAGGGGACAGGCCUUUGAGCACCAGUGUCCAGCUAAUUUGUACUGGAGCCAGACAACCUAUCGAUGUGACUAUAAGGAGUACUCCAACUGCAAUUCAGAUGUUCCAACUACCAGCGAUGAGGUAAAAUACAGUCCAUUUCCCGGAGACUGUAGUCGAUUUUACGAGACCCGUGUCCUUCGGUGUGAGCCAAACUUUCAGUGGAGUUCAUUGUAUCAACGCUGCGUAGCCCCACAGUUUGCCAAUUGUCAGGACUGGUCUGUGCCUGAGCCUCCGCCACCCUACGAUCCUACACCCACAGCUGCCACUCCGCCAACUGAAACCUGGACUCCAACGGAUUCGACCUACCUACCAAUUGAUGUUCAGUCUUUGUGCAAAAACAGUGUUUCCAAUGCGUACAUUCCCUAUCCCGUAGACUGCCAAAAGUUCAUCCAUUGCGGACCAACUGCAACUGUGCUCACCUGUCCAGGCAACUUGUAUUGGAACCCAGGACAACUUUCCUGCACUGUAUCCAGCUCUGGUUGUAUCCAGUCUCCUCAGUGGAACGAAAUCUAA